ACAGGCUCCAGUGAAAGAUACCGGAGAUGGUGUCAUUUGAGGACGGUGAGAAUGUUUACAAACGGAGAAGGACGACCCCAACAGUAGUGCUCACACCGGUCCGGCGGCGCCACACUAGCCGGCACAGAAAGCAGAAACUAAUGGCAAAGAUGAGUGACUCCGGUUUCGAGGAAGAAUUGGAAUCCUCGCCGACUUCUUCCCCCGUUCGGAUAGACGUGUCGCCGCUCCGUUCAGACGAGCCUCCUGCAGGAGAGCUGUCCACCUGGUACCUGCAGUAUGGAGACGUCGGUUACAUGAUCCAGAGGGCCAGAGAGGAGAAGUUUCAUCCAUGCAAGAGCCUUGCACGCCAACCACAACUGACUGCAGAGGCUCGGUGUAAACUGGUCAGCUGGCUCAUCCCUGUACACAAACAUUUCCGUCUAUCUUUUGAAUGCUGCUGCCUGUCAGUGAACAUCAUGGAUCGGUUCCUGGCAUCCACACCGGUGGCUGCUGACUGCUUCCAGCUACUUGGGGUCACUGCACUCCUCCUGGCCAGUAAACAGGUGGAGAUGGGCUCACCACGGAUCUGCCAUCUCUUGUCUUUCUGCUGUGACGCUUUCACAAAAGAGCAGCUCUGCAACCUGGAGUGUGUCAUCCUCCUGCGUCUUAACUUCUGUCUCUCUGCACCCACCCUGGCCUUUUUCCUGGACUAUUUUACCAACUGCAUUGAUGCUGCCCAGCUUUCAUCUGCAGGCGGUGACAAGUUUUCAAGAACAACUCAGGACACUAAAAUACUCAGGCAGUGCAGCAACCUUGCACAAAAAGUGUGUGAGUUGAGUCUUGCAGACUACGCUUUCAACAAAUAUCCCCCAUCUCUGACUGCUUGCUGCGCACUGAGUCUGGCCAGUGAGUUACUGAAAACUGAACAAGGGCAUGUUGUGCUUGCAAACAUGCAGUCACAGGAAGACCAGUGGGGAAGUAUUAUGGAUGAACUAUGUACCCAAUCUACUACAGCAAAACACAAUCUGGCCCAGGAAUGCAAAGACAACCUAAGACUGUUGGUGUCAUUAAACCAAGAGGCAUUAGAUGUGGUGUAGCACAAUUGUGCCCCAAUUUAGAUGUAUCCAAAAUGCCAAAUCCCCCUCUUUUCUGUGUUACAUUCUAUGGGUUGAGUUAAUAAAUGAAUCCUGGUGUUUAUGCAAUUUUAACCUGAUGUAUACCUCAUAAACAAUCACUUGAUUGCGAUCACUGAAUGUUUUACAAUAAGGUAUAGAUGCUAUAUAUUUAUUAGUAGUUUACUGUUUACUAUAAUACUUUAUUUAUUUAUUCUGUUUAUUUUUGUCAUUUUGUCUGUUUAUUUUUGUCUCAAAGUCAUUAUUUACUUUAUAUGUUCUGACUUGCUGCAGGUUUAUGUCACUUUUUCAACUGAUCGUUUUAAUGAAGGACCCUGAAAAUGUGCUAUACUGAAUUGAUUUUUGUAUUGUGAAAUAAAUGAUCAUAAAAUAUUUUUGUGCUGGUGUUUGAAUGGGUGAUUAAAUGCGAAGACAAAAUUCAAACAUUUGUGAAGCUUUUUUGA